AUGAGCAGAAGUGAGAGCUUGAGCCCGUCAUCAUGGCCACCAACGCCAGACGAACCCGUAUACCAAUAUACGCCCGAAGCUACGCCUUCAGAGACCGACGAGACUCCACCUUUGCAUGCAGUAAACGUCGCACCAAGAUGGAACGAGUCGAAAACAACCAUAUGGAAGGUGACUGCCACGUUUUGGUGUGCAUUUGUGAUGGGAUCUAAUGAUGCUGCAUAUGGAGCAAUCAUUCCCUAUCUAGAGGUUUACUAUAAAAAAAACUACACGGUCGUUUCCCUAGUGUUCCUUUCGCCCUUUGUGGGAUAUACUGUAUCCGCUAUCCUGAGCAAUUUAAUUCACCAGACUCUCGGACGACGAGGAAUCACAAUAAUUGCCCCAACUUGCCAUGUGAUUGCAUUUGCUGUCAUAUCUGCCCAUCCACCAUUUCCAGUCCUGGUGAUUAUGUAUAUUCUGGUUGGCUUGGGGAGUGGAUUUCAUAAUGCGGCGUGGAAUGUAUGGAUCGGGAACAUGGCGAACUCGCAUGAAGUACUCGGUUUCUUCCAUGGGUUCUAUGGCGUGGGGGCCACGAUCAGCCCUCUCGUUGCUACGAGUCUAAUUAUCAAAGCUGGAUGGGAAUGGUACUCUUAUUACUAUCUGAUGACUGGAGCAGCUGUUAUCGCGCUCGUUUACUCCACCAGCGCUUUUUGGGCUGAAACUGGCAGUAAGUAUCAAGAAGAGAAUCCUAGUUUCCCUGGCAGAGGAGGAGUAUUCGCUCAAACACGCCUUGCCCUCACGUAUAAGGUCACCUGGAUAUGCGCCGUCUUCCUCUUCCUCUAUGGUGGAAUCGAGGUAGCAAUCGGUGGCUGGAUUGUUGUCUUUAUGACGAACGUCCGACAUGGCGACCCAUUUGAAUCCGGAAUGGCAGAGACAGGCUUCUGGCUGGGCAUCACUGUUGGUCGAUUCGUGCUAGGGUUCGUUUCCCCACGAAUUGGGGAGAAGUUGUCUAUUGCUAUAUACAUUUUGCUUGCAAUUGCCCUUGAGCUCAUCUUCUGGCUCGUGCCUGAGUUCAUCGUAUCCGCGGUCGCAGUUGCAUUUGUUGGAUUCUUUAUGGGGACUAUCUUCCCGGGAGUUGUGAUCGUGGCGACACGAUUGCUACCGAAGAAUCUUCAUGUUGCUGCUAUUGGAUUUGCGGCUGCAUUUUCUAUGGGUGGUGGUGCUGUUUUCCCAUUCAUGAUUGGAGCCAUUGCCCAGGCUAAGGGGGUGAUGGUGCUGCAGCCGAUCUUGCUUGCCAUGCUGGCUGUCUCAUUGGGAAUUUGGGCAAUGAUGUUCCGACUUCCUCAGCACGAGGUAUCACAUCAAGUCUAA